AUGCCAAAGGAACUCUCUUCAACUCCCUUCUCAUCAGCACCCACGACCUCAUCGGUUGCUCUGUGUACGAGCACGAACUCAUCGAGCAACAUCAAACCGUUGGGUGCUUUUGAGUUUAGACCUUAUCAACUCAGCCAUCCGACUCCCUACUCUAAGAAGAAUGUAUCCAACAACAACAACAAGUCGAGCGAUGAUGUUCGUAACGUUACUGUUGUAGGCAGCGGCAUGAAGGCAACUCACUCAGAAAUGAUGAUGAUGAGAAUGCAUUCUGCUUCCGCCACCGUUCCAACGACUCAUGUUGCAACCACAAUGAACACCACUCCACUCUCCGCAUCCCCAAAAAGCAUUGAUACAAACAAUGCUGCAGCUUCUACUGUACUUCUUUCCAAACCAUCCUCACCACCCGAUGCUGCUGUUGUAAACUCUAAGCCUUCUUCACCACCAACAAACAACAACAACAGUACCACAACGGAAUCUUCACUCACCAAUACGGAUCGUGUCGUGAAUUCUCCUACCCCAACUACUACUACUACAACAACAACAACAACAAACACAACUGGCUAUGCUCCUUCUCCACUCAGCACCAAACACAAACAACAUCAUGCAAGAAUCCUCAAACGAUCUUGUACCUCCUCUCCAAAGCUUUCUAACGGCACCACCUCGACUUACUUUGCGAGUAGUCCUAGUGCCUCCUCUUCCAAAUAUCCUCUAGGUUUCAACGAUGGAGUUUUCAAUAACCUUUCAUCAUCCUUAACAACUACAUUUACGACAGGUCUUUAUGGAAUGCAACAAGAUGAAAACAGACCACUUUGUAACAACAACUCCUUGUUCAUGACGAUGGAGAAGAAGCCUCUUCCACCAACCACCACCACAGAUACUUCUGCUGCCAUGAAGAGUCCUCAGCCCAAACUUCCCUUUGGAACUUUAUCGCUGAUGAACUGA